GAGACUCUCUUUCUUUUUUUUUUUUGGCGCCGCCAUGGCUGAGAGGGCUUUUCCGAACCCUUUUGCGGACUACGACAAAUCCUUGGCGGCGGGAUACUUCGACCCUUCAGGGCGGCUCACUCCUGAAUUCAGUCAGCAUGUGAAUAAUAAAAUCAAGGAGCUUCUCCAACAGAUGGAAAGAGGUCUGAAAUCUGCCGACCCCAGGGACUGCACUUGUUAUACUGGCUGGGCAGGCAUUGCUUUGCUAUAUUUCCAUCUACAUGAGGUAUAUGGAGACCCCUACUAUCUUCAGAUGGCUCAAGAAUAUAUAAAGAAGAGCCUUAGCUGCUUGACAAAGCGGUCAAUCACUUUCUUAUGUGGUGAUGCUGGACCUUUGGCCGUGGCUGCAGUUGUAUAUCAUAAACUACACAAUGACAAGCAAGCAGAAGAUUGCAUUGCUCGCUUAUUGCAGCUGCCUAAACCAGAUCCACGAAUCCCCGAUGAAAUGCUUUAUGGACGUAUGGGGUAUUUAUCCGCUCUGCUGUUUGUGAACAAACAUUUUGGAGAGGAAAAGAUCUCUCCAAAUCACAUCCAACAGGUUUGUGAAGCAGUUAUGGCAUCUGGUGAGAAUUUGGCGCAGAAGAGGAACUUCACAGCUAAGAGCCCACUCAUGUACGAAUGGUACCAGGAGUAUUACGUAGGAGCAGCCCAUGGUCUAGCAGGAAUUUAUUACUACCUGUUGCAGCCUGGUCUUGGCGUGAGUCAAGCAAAAUUGCAUAACAUGGUCAAGCCAAGCGUGGAUUAUAUCUGCCAGUUAAAGUUUGUCUCUGGCAAUUACCCCCCCUGCAUCGGAGACAACAGAGAUUUGUUGGUCCAUUGGUGCCACGGCGCGCCCGGUGUUAUCUACAUGCUCCUUCAGGCCUACAAGAUGUUUGGGGAACAGAAGUAUUUCAGUGAUGCCUUGCAAUGUGCUGAUGUGAUAUGGCAUUGGGGGUUGCUGAAGAAAGGAUACGGGCUGUGCCAUGGUACUGCAGGCAACGCAUAUGCCUUCCUGGCACUGUACAACCUUACUCAAGACAUGAAAUAUCUCUACAGAGCUUGCAAGUUUGCAGAAUGGUGUUUAAGUUACGGGCAACAUGGAUGUCGGACACCAGAUACUCCUUUUUCCCUUUUCGAAGGAAUGGCUGGAACAAUAUAUUUUCUUGCUGAUCUUCUGAUACCAACCAAAGCCAGAUUCCCAGCUUUUGAACUAUAAAUCCCUUCUCAGCCAAUAUUAAAUACUGACAAGAAGUUAUUCGGUUCUUUGGAAAAGGCAGAUUAAGUAGGCUAAUUUCUUAAUUUUUCGCUAGAAAAU